GCUGCUACGCGUACGAUUAUCACUGACGUGUCCCCGCGCGAGGCUCGGCUACGUACGUGCGUGCAAUUCGUCGGCUCGCUUCGCCGAUAUAAUCCUCGCCCCGGCCCCGCGCGCAUAGAAUUAGCCGGGCAAUACCGCCAGUCAUCGCGCACGCCAGUCGUUGGGCUGCGAGCGAAAGCGAGACGUUCCGUGCGACGCCCCAGCUAGAGUCCGACCGUCAGCGGGAGAGUCAGUUUGGUCCGUGAGAGCGACGAGAGAGAGAGAGCAAGAGGGAGAGAGAGAGGAACACGCGCACCGAGCUGAGCGCGAUCGACGAGCAGAAUUAUGGCAGCGACCAUGAACCUCAACGCUUUCUUCAAUUCCUUCAGCAGCACGCUAAAUGCACCGGUCAGGCAACACCUGAAGAAUGUCUACGGUUGUCUGUCCCUGUCCACCGUGUCGGCAGCGGCCGGGGCUUACGUGCACAUGUACACGCAGCUCCUGCAGGCCAAUCUGCUGACGACCAUCGGUACCCUGGGCCUCCUCAUCGCGCUGAUGUCAACACCCGACAAUGGCAAGAACCAGAAACUGCGUCUCGGCUACCUUCUGGGAUUCGCCUUCCUGUCUGGUCUCGGUUUGGGUCCCUUGCUGGAGUUGGUGGUUAGCAUAGACCCGAGUAUCGUGAUGACGGCGUUAAUUGGUACAACAGUCGUCUUCGUUUCCUUCAGCCUCUCUGCACUUUUGGCUCCACGUGGCAAGUGGCUGUAUCUCGGUGGUUCUCUGAUGAGCAUGCUGAACAUUAUGAUCCUGUUCUCCUUCGCUAAUCUGUUUCUGCGCUCGACCCUCAUCUACCAAGCGCACUUGUACGUGGGAUUGUUCGUGAUUUGCGGCUUCGUUAUCUACGACACGCAGCUGAUCAUCGAAAAGUAUCACAUUGGCAGCAGGGACUUCAUCAUGCACUCCUUGGACUUGUUCAUCGACUUCGUAGGAGUUUUCCGACAUCUCCUUGUGAUACUUACGCAAAAGGAAUUGUCCAAGGACUCACGCAAGCGUAGAGAUUAAGGGGAAACAAGACGGGUAAUUGCGGUGCAUUCAAGUAAAUCCAUAAACUAGAGGUCUUCAUGUAAUCUAUCCAUACCUAGAUAUCUGUGUACAUAUACAUACCGGAAAAAUUAUAUAAAUACCGAUAUACCGAUAUCACGUCAUACACGUAUAUAUGCAUAACAUCUUUAGCGAACGCGAAUACGGGACUAUAUAUUUACUAUAUUGAAAAAAAGAGGAAAAUGUUAAAUACAUUUCGGUUACUAUAAAUGAGGUUUGGCUUCUCUUACAUCCGACUACCGGACGAAGACGUGCCGUAAUUUAUUUUGGUCUCAUGUCUGAGUUAUAAUUCUCCAUCAGAUUUGUAUACAUAUAUAUAUAUAUAUAUAAUAUAAAUUAGCUGUGUAUUAUAUUUUCAACUUUCAAUAAACGAAUUUUCCCAAA